CGCAGUCACAAGCAUCAACUGUCUCCUUGGAAACGUCAGCCGCUCGCUCACUGCAAUCACUGCAGGCCAGCAACAUGCCGGUGGGAAAGGAGACCUGGGGCGAGAAAGCGGAGAACGGCCUACUGAGGUCCCGGCUGGACGAGCAGUCACAGCUCAUCUGCCUACUGAAGCGGAGGGCUGACGACACGGGGCAGCGGUGUCAGGGCCUGGAGAGGAUGAACGAGGAGCUGGAGAAGAAAGUUGCAGAGGCAGAGAACCUGCUGGCGGCGGAGCGGAAGAGAGCGGACCAGCUUGAAGAACGUUUCGGCCUCCUCGCCUCUAACCACCAGGAAAUGAUCCGCUUCAAGGAUGUGUACAAGCGGGAGAACGAGGAGCUGCGGGCCGAGUGUGAGGGGCUGAGAGCAGAGCGCCACUCCGAGCGGCUGGAGACAGAGCGAAUGAUAGAGGGGCUGAGAGAAGAGCGCCACCCCGAGCUGCUGGAGACAGAGCGAAUCAUAGAGGAGCUGCGAACCCAGCUACAGGCGACCAGUAUUCAGAUCAGCCAGCAGGGGGAGCGCCACAGGGAGGAGGCGGACCUGGAACAGGGGGCACUGCUGGAGGAAAACCAGGACAAGAGGCAACAGCUCCACCUACUGACCGGAAGACUGAAGGAAUCAGAAGAAAUCUGCCAACAACUAAAGGAAGAGUUGUCCAAUUUGAUGGAGAUUAGAAAAACAGAGCAGGUGGAAGCUGAAGGAAAAGCUGAAGAGCUGAAUAAAGAGAAGAAGGAACUUCUGCAGUUGUGCAUGGAGAGGGGCCGAACUUUACAGGAGCAUCAGAAAGACCUAUCAGAACUAAGUAAUCGCCUGCAAGGUACAGAAAAGGCAUGGCGCGAAGCAAAAGAGCGAUAUCAGAGAGAAGUGACAGCUGUGAAUGCUGAUUCCAGAGUGCAGGAACUGAAUACAAGACUGGACGACAGCGAGAAGCAGUUAGAACUGUUGAGGAGAGAGUUUGAAGCCUACAAAAAGCACAGUGGAGACUUGUUAGCAAAUGAGAGAGAGCUGAAUGCCAAACUACGACACUUGAUUGGCUAAGAGGUCACCCUUGUG